AAUUUAUUUAAGUCACCUCCUUGUCUUCUUAAAAUGUUCUUAUUUCUAUCUGUGUAAAACAUUUCGCGUAAAAAAUAUAUCUAAAAUUUUAUAGGAGAGAGAGAGAGAGAGAGAGAGAGAAAAAAAAUAGAGUUAUGUUGCUUUCCUUUGUUCACUUUUUUGUUUAAGAAAAUAAUGCUAAAUAGAUUAACAUACGUGUGCUUCAUAUAAAAACUAAACUAAUGAAUAAAGCGAAAGGCUAUAAAUUUUAAAAAUAAUAGUAAAAAUGGACAAAAACAAAGUUGUGGAUAAUUUAAAAGAUGCCAAAGAUACAGUGCAAUCGGCGGAAUCCGCGAAUGGAAUGCCCAAAAAGGAAAUCUCUACUAAGGAAGCCUAUUUCGCUAGUCUGAAUGAAUGGGUAAAGCACGCUAAUAUCUCACAAAACGCCAUGGCUUUGUUUCCAUGGUAUCUAAUGAGCACUUACCCUCAAGUGUUUCAGCAGCACACAGCGCUUGCAACGCUUUGGAAUUUUCCAACAGUCGCGACAACAACAACGCAGCAACAGCAACCAUCACAAUCUUCAUCAAAUCAAGGGAAUUCAAAUCAAAACGUUAAUCAGGCAGCUGUCGCUAACAUAAUGGGCCGUAUGGGAAAUGUUGGUUUGCGUAUUCUGAGCGAUCAGUCUCAAAUAGAACUUAUUAAUCUUACGGGAGGCUAUGAAUAUAUUAUCGCACCCUUUUGGAAACGUGCCAUUGCAGAAAUCAUAGAUAUUGCGAUAUUGUUGAUGUUUAAAAUCAGCAUAAUUUUUGUGGCGAUGAAUGUCUUCGAUUUGCAAAUGAUGUUUGAGUUGGAUAAAAAUAUUUUCAAUGACGCUGUAGAAAAGGAAGACUUUGCUGGUUUCUUUGUAUUCUUUAUGGAUUUUUUAGCCUUUUCUUCAGAUCUGCUGUUAUUGGAAGCAUUUACAAAAAUAUUUGUUUGUUUGUAUGAAGCCAUAUGGACGGCUUUGCCAAAUGGAGCAACUCCAGGGAAAAUUGUAAUGGGUUUAAGCAUUAAGUAUGUGGAAGCAACGUAUCCACUUCAACAACAACAGCAACAACAACAAGCGAACAUCGGACUACCAUUGCAACUGGCCUUUCCACAGGCUCGUGUGCAAAUGCGCGCAUUACUCUUCCCAGCUGAAACGCUAGGCUUUUGGCGUGCGUUUAUGCGAGCAGUGGCAAAAAACAUGAUUAUUAGUUUGCUAUUCCCCGUGUGCUUCUUGAUGAUUUUCUUUAAAAGUAAUCGCACGGCUUACGACGUUAUGACUAAAACUAUAGUGGUUGAGAAACCUUCCGAACAACCCCUUCUUAGAAGAGACUUACGUUAAAACUAGUUUUUUGUUGCCAUGGAACAGGUCCAUUGAUGUUCUUAUUAAAACUAACAUGCUUGAAGCAGAAGAGUUGUUUCUUUAUUGUAUAUAAAAAUCAAAUAAAACAAAAAUUUGAAAAUUUAGCAAAUAAA